AUGUGUUUUCCAAAUGCAGAAGAUUUAUCAUGUGUAGAUGAUUGUAUUUCAACUAAAGUGGAUAUUGAAAACUUUUGGAAAUUAGAUUCUAUUGGAAUAAGGGAUGAAAUAGUUAACUGUGAUGAUUCUAAUGCCAUGUCACAAUUUAUUGAGAAUCUUUCGUAUAAAGAUGGUCGAUAUCACGUGUCUUGGCCGUGGAAAGAUGAAAACCCAGAGAUACCUGAGAAUAGACAACUUGCAGUAGGUCGUCUAAAAUCAGUCGUCAGAAAACUUGAAAACCAUCCUGAUUUGUUACAAAAAUAUAGCAGUGUCUUGAAAGAACAAUUAGAAAAUGGAAUCAUUGAAAAGGUGACACAAAAUAAAAGAGAUGGACUGUGUCACUAUUUACCUCAUCAUGCAGUUGUUAAACCUGAUCAUUCAACAACGAAGCUAAGGAUAGUAUAUGACGCAUCCGCAAAAACAAAACUAGAUCAUAACAGCUUGAAUGAAUGCCUUUAUAGAGGACCUGUUCUAUUGCAUGAUUUAUGUGGAACAUUGAUAAGAUUUCGUAAGCAUAAAAUAGGUAUUGUAUCUGAUAUUGAAAAGGCUUUCCUCCAAAUAGCAUUAAAUACCGAUCAAAGAGAUGUUACAAGAUUUGUAUGGCUAAACGACACAGAAAACACAUCAAUUGAUAAUAGUUAA